AUGUCUCACCGGGGUGGAUCAUCUUCCAGAAGCGAGAACAGCAUUGGGGUAGUCUGUUGCUACCACAAUCUUCCUGCUGUGACUAAUAGAGCCGGUACUGAGUCCAACUCAGGAAGGAGAUUCUACGGAUGCAAGUUUUGGAUGGUACCAAAAAAGAACUGCAAUUUUUUUAGGUGGGUGGAUGGGGCGGUGGAUGAAGGCGAUGCCUCGAACUCUGGCAUAGACAGUACAAUUCUUAAUCUACAAGAGAAUUUACGGUUGGCUGAGGCUAAGGCAGAGAGAAGGAAGAAGGAGAGAAAAAUUGUCGUCCAAGAGUUGAGGAAGGUUAACAAUGAUGUUCGUGUCAUUCGACAUAUGUUCGCCGUUGUUAUUUUUUUGAAUGUAGCGUUACUUGCCGUAGUGUUGGCCAAUCGCAGCAGUAUGAUUUAG